AUGCAGGUGAAGAAGUACCUGGUCCGGUGCCUGCACCGGCUGCAGAAGGGCCCCGGCUACACCUACAAGGAGCUGCUGGUGUGGUACUGCGACAACACCAACACCCACGGCCCCAAGCGCAUCAUCUGCGAGGGGCCCAAGAAGAAGGCCAUGUGGUUCGUGCUCACGCUGCUCUUCGCCUCCAUCGUCUUCUGGCAGUGGGGUGUCUUCAUCCGCACCUACCUGAGCUGGGAGGUCAGCGUCUCUCUCUCCAUCGGCUUCAAGACCAUGGACUUCCCCGCCGUCACCAUCUGCAAUGCCAGCCCCUUCCAGUAUUCCAAGGUCAGGCACCUGCUGAAGGACCUGGACCAGCUGAUGGAAGCUGUCCUGGAGAGGAUCGUGGCUCCCGAGCCAGCCGGCGCCAACGCCACCAGGGCCCUGAACCUCACCCUCUGGAACCACACGCCCCUGGUCCUUAUCGACGAGCGGAACCCCCUCCGCCCUGUGGUCCUCGACCUCUUCGCAGACAACCUCAACGCGUCGGCACGCGGCAGCCCAGCGCCAGGAAGGGCCUGCAAUGGCCCGCGGUGCAAAGUAGCCAUGAGGCUGUGCUGCCACAAUGGGACCGUGUGCACCUACCGGAACUUCACCAGCGCCACCCAGGCCGUGACAGAGUGGUACACCCUGCAGGCCACCAACAUCUUCUCCCAGGUGCCAACCCAGGAGCUGGUGAAGAUGGGCUACUCGAGCGAGCAGCUGAUCCUGGCCUGCCUGUUCGGGGCCGAGCCCUGCAGCUACAGGAACUUCACCUCCCUCUUCCACCCUGACUACGGCAACUGCUACAUCUUCAACUGGGGCAUGGCUGAGCAGGCGCUGCCCUCGUCCAACCCCGGAGUGGAGUUCGGCCUGAAGCUGAUCCUGGACCUGGGCCAGGAGGACUACGUGCCCUUCCUCACGUCCACGGCCGGCGCCCGGCUGCUGCUGCACGAGCAGAGGUCCUACCCCUUCGUCAAGGAGGAGGGCAUCUACGCCAUGUCCGGGACGGAGACAUCCAUCGGGGUGCUGGUGGACAAGCUGGAGCGCAAGGGCAAGCCCUACAGCCAGUGCACGGCGAACGGCUCCGACGUGCCCGUCCACAACCUGUACCACGGCUACAACACCUCCUACUCCAUCCAGGCCUGUAUCCGCUCCUGCUUCCAAGAACACAUGGUCCGGAACUGCAGCUGCGGCCACUACCUGUACCCGCUGCCCCCCGGGGAGAAGUACUGCAGCAGCCGGGACUUCCCGGACUGGGUCUACUGCUACUCGCAGCUGCGCAGGAGCCCGGCCCAGAGGGAGACCUGUAUCAGCAUGUGCAAGGAGUCCUGCAAUGACACCCAGUACAAGAUGACCAUCUCCAUGGCUGACUGGCCUUCAGAGGCCUCUGAGGACUGGAUUUUCCACGUCUUAUCUCAGGAGCGGGACCAAAGUACCAACAUCACCUUGAGCAAGAAGGGAAUUGUCAAGCUCAACAUCUACUUCCAAGAAUUCAACUAUCGUACCAUUGAGGAGUCAGCAGCUAAUAACAUCGUCUGGCUGCUCUCGAACCUGGGCGGCCAGUUUGGCUUCUGGAUGGGGGGCUCGGUGCUGUGCCUCAUCGAGUUCGCGGAGAUCGUCAUCGACUUCCUGUGGAUCACCGUCAUCAGGCUGGUGGCCUUCUCCAAGAGCCUGCGGCAGAGGCGGGCCCAGGCGCGCUACGCCGGCCCCCCGCCCACCGUGGCCGAGCUGGUGGAGGCUCACACCAACUUUGCCUUCCACCCUGACACGGCCAACCAUGGCCCCAGCCCCGAGGCCUAUCCCCAUGAGCAGACACUGCCCAUCCCAGGCACCCCGCCCCCCAACUAUGACUCCCUGCGUCUGCAGCCACUGGACAUCAUUGAGUCUGACAGUGAGGGUGAUGCCAUCUAG